UCCCUCUCCUCUCUCUUUGUAAAACUGCUCACAUUAACUGCCAUUUAAGAUUCUCUCUCUAUCUCUCUCUCUCUCCACGAACCUUCUUUUCAAGCCUCUCACUGGGAAGUUUCUCCUUCAUCAUCCUCCGAACUUCCUCUUUAACAUGUGAUAAUAAAAAACCCAACUUUUUUCUCACUUAUUUUCCUCUAAAAUCAAAGUCCUCUGUUUUUUCUUGUUCUUUGCAGAGCGUGUAGUGACAGCAAGAGAAAGACGGAAAAAAAAAAUUGUUUGGUCGAGUUUAAUGCAACCGAUUAGCCUUCUUUUGAGGGCCUGAAUCUUGCACGAAGUUAUGAAUUACAAGUUGCCCAAGUUUGUAAGAUUUGAGGAUUGGAAAUCAGAGAGAUCUCAAAUUUCUGAGCAAGAAUUCUCCACCGAUGGCCGCGGAAACUACACAAGAAAAGCUAGACCAUCUCUAAGAUCAAUUUUUGGACAGAUUCAUGGAGUAUUCCAAAGGGGUUAUGGGAGAAUUAUAAGCCUUAGAAAAAAACCAACUUCCCAUUCUGUUGCAAAGAAGCCAAAAAAUAAGGAGCCAGAUUCUAGGAACAAUAUUCUUGACCCACAAGGUUCUUUGCUUCAGCUAUGGAACAAGAUAUUUAUUCUGUCUUGUAUAAUUGCCGUGUCCGUGGACCCUUUGUUUUUCUACAUUCCUGUACUUGAUGACAAGAAGAAAUGUCUCAGUUUGGACACUUCUUUGGAGAUCAUUGCUUGCGUUCUUCGCACGUUUGUCGAUAUCUUUUACAUACUUAGGAUCAUCUUUCAGUUCCGAACCGGGUUCAUUGCCCCUUCUUCUCGAGUGUUCGGGAGGGGCGAGCUAAUCGAUGAUCCUGCUGCCAUUGCCAGAAGAUACCUGUCAUCCUACUUCAUUGUUGAUGUUCUGUCAAUUCUUCCUUUCCCACAGGUGACGGUUCUUUUGGCUACGAACCAUUCUCCAAGAGGUGCUGUUGCUAAAGUCACAAAGGACUGGUUGAGAAUAGUAGUAAUUAGUCAGUAUGUGCCAAGAUUUGUGCGAAUCCGUCCACUAUUCAAAGAAGUAACUAGAACUUCUGGCAUACUGACGGAGACUGCAUGGGCUGGCGCUGCUUUCAAUCUUUUCCUCUACAUGCUAGCAAGUCAUAUGGUUGGAGCCUUUUGGUACUUGUUCUCUCUUGAGAGAGUGGACACGUGUUGGCGUAGACACUUUAACGAAUCCUGGGGUUCCUAUGAGUACUACUGUAGGAAAGGCCACUUACAGUUACAAUCCAAUGUAGUUAUAGAUGUUCCGAAAUCGCUGAAUGAUUCUUGUCCAUACAUUGAUCCUGACGACAUUUCAGAUUCGAAAGCGUUUAACUUUGGAAUAUUUAUUGAUGCUCUCAAGUCUGGUGUGGUUGCAUCUGAGGAUUUUCGAUCAAAGUUUUUCUACUGCUUUUGGUGGGGACUAAGAAAUCUUAGUUCUCUAGGCCAAAACCUCAAGACCAGCACUUUUGUAGCAGAGGUAGUCUUUGCAGUCGGCAUAUCAAUCUUUGGCUUGGUUCUGUUUUCACUACUCAUUGGCAAUAUGCAGAAAUAUUUGCAGUCCACAACUGUGAGAGUUGAAGAAAUGAGAGUGAAAAGGCGAGACGCUGAGCAGUGGAUGUCCCACCGUAUGCUUCCGGAGAACUUGAGGGAGAGGAUUAGAAGAUAUGAACAAUACAAAUGGCAAGAAACUAGAGGUGUUGAAGAAGACAAUUUGGUGCAAAAUCUUCCUAAGGACCUUAGGAGGGACAUAAAACGCCAUCUUUGCCUUAAACUCCUCAAGAGAGUGCCAAUGUUCGAGAAAAUGGAUGAACAACUUUUGGACGCGAUGUGUAAUCAUCUCAAGCCAGCCCUCUACACAGAGAAGAGCUCCAUUGUUAGGGAGGGUGACCCAGUGGAUGAAAUGCUCUUUAUCAUGAGAGGAACUCUGGCAACUAUGACCACUAAUGGCGGAAGAACUGGCUUCUUCAACUCGGUUGAUCUUAAGGCUGGUAACUUCUGUGGAGAAGAGCUUCUCACAUGGGCCUUGGACCCCAACUCUGCCACCAAUCUCCCCACUUCAACAUGGACUGUGGAAGCUAAGACAGAGGUCGAAGCCUUCGCUCUCAAGGCCGAUGAUCUGAAGUCUGUUGCCUCGCAGUUUCGGCGGCUUCAUAACAAACAACUCCAGCACACUUUCAGGUUCUACUCUCUACAAUGGAAAACAUGGGCAGCCUGUUUUAUUCAAACGGCAUGGCGGCGGCAUUGCAAGAGAAAGCUUGACAAGACUUUAUGCGAUGCCGAAGACAGGCUGCAAGAUGCUUUGGCGAAUGAAGCCGGAAACACACCAACCCUUGGCGCCACUAUUUAUGCUUCAAGGUUUGCUUCCAAUGCGCUACGAGCUUUGCGGCAAAAGGGCGCGCGCAGCUCUAGACCGCCACAGAGGUUGCCACCCCUGCUGCCUCAGAAACCUGCUGAGCCUGAUUUCACUGCCGAAGGUCGCUAGUGAUGUAGUCUGAUGGAUUUCCUAGUUGUUGUAAGUCCAAGUUUUUGUGUUUUAUGUACAAAUUACAAGAGUUAUAUAUGUGUAUAAUAUGUGCAAUAAGGCUUAGCUUGGUAGUGCUGUGGAUUUUAAAAAAAUUAUUUUUAAUUGUGUUGACGGAAUAAGCAGUUGUUACAAGAAGCCGUUGAGUGUUUAGUAAAUUAUAUUAUAGUAACUGUGCUGGUUCCAAAAUCAAUGUAAUAGCGUU